UUUUUCUUAGCGAUUUUAUCCACUCCACUUGACCUACACACACACCUUUUACCAUGACCAACAAGCCGGUCGAAACCAAAAAGCGCAAGAAAUCGCAGGACGCCAACAAGGCUAGCAAAAAGAAGCAGCAAAUUGAAAAGAACAAGGCUAAGCCUGUCAAGAAGGAAGUCGAAGAAGAAGAAACUGAAUCGAUCUCUGCCGAAACUGCUGCUAAAGAAGAAGAAGAGCAACAACAAUCGAUCGAUCAGGACGAGGAAACUGAUUUACCUGCCAACGAUAAAAAGACCGCCGACGAUGAAGCGAUUGAUCAAGCUGCUGAAAAGGCUAUUGAUUUCAACUUUGAGAAUCUCGACGUUUGCGAAAAGACCAAGCAGGGUAUCAAGGACAUGGGUUUCACCAAAAUGACCGAAGUACAGGCACGUACGAUUCCAGCAUCUAUGGCAGGUCGAGACGUCUUGGGUGCUGCUAAGACUGGUUCCGGCAAAACCUUGGCCUUUUUGAUUCCUGCUAUCGAAAUGCUUUAUAAACUCAAGUUCAAGCCUAGAAAUGGUACUGGUGUGGUUGUCGUGUCGCCCACUCGUGAGCUUGCACUACAAAUUUUUGGUGUUGCCAAGGACUUAUUAGCACACCAUCAACAUACAUUCGGCAUCGUCAUUGGCGGUGCUAACCGUAAAGCCGAAGCCGACAAGCUUGUCAAGGGCGUCAAUUUGCUUAUUGCCACACCCGGCCGCUUGCUCGAUCAUUUACAAAACACCCGUGGUUUCGUCUUUAAGAACUUAAAGGCACUUGUUAUUGAUGAAGCGGAUCGUAUUUUGGAAGUCGGUUUCGAAGAGGAGAUGCGUCAGAUUAUCAGAAUUCUGCCUAAGGAACGUCAAACCAUGCUGUUCUCGGCUACCCAGACAACCAAGGUGACCGAUCUUGCUAGAAUCUCAUUGAAGAAGGGCCCCUUGUACAUUAACGUGGACGAACGGAAAGAGACAUCGACUGCUGAAGGCUUGGAGCAAGGCUACGUCGUAUGCGAAUCGGACAAGCGAUUUUUGCUGCUGUUUACAUUCUUGCGGAAAAACGUCAAGAAGAAGAUUAUUGUCUUCUUUUCCAGCUGCAAUUCUGUCAAAUACCAUUCCGAACUGAUGAACUACAUUGAUGUGCCUGUAUUAGAACUUCACGGUAAACAAAAGCAACAAAAGCGAACAGCCACCUUUUUCGAAUUCUGCAAUGCCGAAAAGGGCAUUCUUUUGUGCACAGACGUUGCUGCACGUGGUUUGGAUAUCCCUGCUGUAGAUUGGAUCGUUCAGUUCGAUCCCCCAGAUGAUCCUCGCGAUUACAUCCAUCGUGUCGGUCGAACAGCGCGUGCAGGCUCUCGUGGCAAGAGCUUACUGUUCUUGCUUCCCAGUGAGCUUGGUUUCUUGCGGUAUCUUAAGCACGCCAAGGUGCCUUUGAACGAAUACCAGUUCCCUACAAGCAAGAUUGCCAAUGUACAGAGCCAGCUCGAAAGGCUGGUGGAAAAGAACUACUACCUCAACCAAUCUGCACGCGACGGAUUCAAGUCCUAUCUCCAAGCAUACGCCUCAUUCAGUCUCAAGAAAAUCUUCAACGUCAACAGCCUAGAUCUCAACAAGGUCGCCAAGUCCUUUGGCUUCAAUGUCCCACCAAAAGUAAACCUUGCCAUCCAAAGUUCCAAGAACUAAAAAAAGAAAAAGUUGUAUAAUGUGCCGUGUUUUUAUUAUUAUUACUAUAUAUCAACAAUAAACUGUUUCCAUCAUUUUGUGUUUUUUUAUCAUUGCAUCUACAUAAA